AUGGUAACAUUAGAAACUACUACUCCAUUGGAGAAGCUCAAGAGGAUCGUGUGUGAGGAUUAUGGGGUGGACCAUAUUGUUCUUAAUACCGAGUUCAGUUAUUCGAUGGUGAAUCAAAGAGGGAAUCCUCCAAUUAUUAUCACCAAUGAUCGGCAAACAUCUAAUUUUGUGGCGUAUGCAAAGAAGGAUUCAUCUACUAUCUUGUGUGUCACGUUCUAUGGUUUGGGUGUAAAUCAAAAAGAACGAGUCAAUAUUGAUUUGAAUAAGGAGCCGUGUGAUUCAAGUAAUGUUGAGGAUGAAGAAGUUCCUGAGAUAACUCGAGCAGAUUUUGUGAAGCCGUCAAAGGAGUCUUAUGAUACAAGGAAAGAUGAUGUCGCUGCGGAUGGUUCCGGUGAUGCUGGGUUAAGGAUUGAAAACAAUGGAGACAGUGAAAAGGAUGGUCGAGCCUGGAGAGGAGAUUUCGUGAAGAAGGAUCAAAUUUUCAGAAGUAAAGAGGUUCUGAAGGCCACAAUGGAAAUUUUGGCGAUGAAGAAUAAUUUUGAUUACACUGUUUUCAAAUCCACGAGAAAAUGGUGGUAUAUUCGAUGUAAAGAUGCAUUGUGCAACUGGACUGUGCGUGCAGAAGGUAUAGAUGGGUCUACAUAUUUCAUGAUCAACCAGUGCGAGGGAAGACAUUCAUGUGCUCCUUCAAAGAAAAGGAAAUUCGGGAAAACAGCAUCGGCAAGAACAAUUGGGACUCUGAUACAACAUCGAUUUGGUGAUGCAAACGAUGGCCCAAAAGCAAAUGAAAUCAUUCAAUUUAUGAGAUUGGAGCAUAGUUGUGAGAUUACUUACUGCACGCUUGGGAAGCUCGUGAGUUUGCUAUUGCAGCUGCUAGAGGGAAGAUUCAUGUAUCUAUUUAUGUCAUUUGGGCAAUCAGUUAGAGGAUUCUACAAUGCAAUGCGAAGGGUGAUUGUUGUUGAUGGAACUUUUCUGAAAAAUAAAUACAAAGGAGUUCUACUUGUUGCUAUUGCUGUAGAUAGUAACUCUAAUUUGUAUCCGAUUGCAUUUGGGGUUGUUGAUUCGGAGAAUGACGAUUCAUGGGGGUGGUUCUUCAAACAGUUGAAAGUGGUUAUUGCUGAUUGUCAAGACCUAGCUUUUGUCUCAGAUAGAAAUGCAUCUAUUUCUAAAGCGAUUGGGACUACAAAAGGGUUGACUGCCUUGGUGGAAAAAGCUUCACGGGCAUAUAGGGACAUUGAAUUUCAGGAACGUAUCACCGAAAUUUUUGAAAUGAGUCCUGAGCUUGGAAGAUAUCUGCGGGAGGCUGAUGUGCGCAAAUGGGCUUGUUCUCUCUUCCCUGGUGAAAGCUCUAAGCAUCUUGAUCCUUUAACCACUAAGGUGGAGAAAAAGAUUGAUAGGAGAAUUGUGAAGGCAAAAGGGUUUCAAGUCUACAAGGUUGACGACUUCAAAUCGCUUGUGAAAGGAGACAUAUAUGAUUGUCAUGUUGAUUUGGAAAGAAGAACAUGCACAUGUGGGAAGUACAAUAUAGGAAAAAUUCCUUGCCGACACGCCAUUCUUGCCAUUUAUUCACGAGGCAUGGAAGUGCACAGAUUUACUGACGGCUUAUACACCACUGCAGCGUGGAGAACCGCCUAUGCGGAAUCCACUAAUCCAAUAGUAGUUCCAGAGUGUGAAUGGAAUGUCCCUGCUGAGGUUAAACUUGCUAAGGUUUUACCACCAGAGACAAGAAAGAGUGCUGGUCGGCCAAUAAAGAGAAGGUAUGAAUCAGUAGAAGACAAAAUAAAAUCUUCUCAAGGAUCAAGAAAGAAUAAAAAGCACAAGUGCAGUCGUUGUGGUACCGAAGGACACAAGAGAGGAACAUGUGAUUUACCCAUCUAG